AUGCAUGUCGCACCACAGCCGGCGCUCGCCCGCUGCGCCCACACUCACACACUCGCCGCUGCCCCACUGAACCUCGUCGCCGCGGCCACCGCACGCAUGCACGCCACUCCGCUCGCCGGCCUCUCUGCUCUGCUUCCCACCGCGCGCGUCGCCGCAGCCACUGCUCGCCCCGGCCUCGCCUUGCCGCUUUGCCAGCGACACUGCAACUCCGGCGCGCUGUCCUGGCCUCCCCGUGUUGCCACGCCGCGCCGGCCACUGCUUUCCAACGCCGCGCCGCCCGGCCUCCUCGCCCCGCUCACCGCUCCGCGCUCGCGCUCCCCUGCCGCCCCCGUGGCGCCUCGGCGUCGGUCGCUUUCGCCGGCCACCGCGUCCCCGCGGUUGUGCCCGCUCGCAGCACUCGGGGCUGCCCCGCCCGCAGCCCCGUUAACCCACACCCGUUAG